AUGUUGAUCGAGAAGCCAGCCCAAGGGUCGUCCUUUGCGAACCUCCCCGACGCUGCAGUCGAUGAGAUCUUCGCCCUCAACCAUGCCUACAUUGCUGACGCCCAUCCCAAGAAGGUGAACCUGGGAAUUGGCGUGUAUCGCACCGCCGAGGGCAAGCCAUGGCCGCUGUCUUCAGUGCAGAAGAUCGAGGAGCAAUUGAGCCGCGAGAACGACGCCGCACGCCACGAAUACCUCCCCAUUGAAGGUGACACUGUCUUCACCAAGGCCGCCAGGGACCUCAUGUUUGGCUUCAGUCUCGACGCCGAAACCCCCGCCGAAAAGGCUGCAAAGCAGCGAAUCGCUUCCGUCCAGACCGUCGCCGGCACAGGCGCCAACCAUAUCGGUGCAGCCUUUCUAGCCCAUCACUACAAGCCCAAGCAUGUCUGGGUGUCGACGCCGACGUGGGCAAACCACCACACCAUCUGGGAUCUCCAGGGCAUCGAACGCAAAGGAUACCCCUACUUCAACGCCGAAACCUGCGCUUUCGACUUUGAAAAUGCCAUUGCUACUCUAGAGGCCGAGGCCGAGGAGGGCGAUGUGAUCUUGCUGCAUGCCUGCGCCCAUAAUCCUACCGGUGUUGACCCAACCAAGGAGCAGUGGAAGGCCAUCGCCGAAUUGUGCCAGCGAAAACACAUAUUCCCCUUUUUCGACUCGGCCUACCAGGGUUUUGCUUCUGGUUCGCUAGAAGAAGACGCCUGGGCCGUGCAGUACUUUUUCAACAUGGAGCCACGCAUGGAGAUGUGCGUUGCUCAGAGCUUCUCCAAGAACUUUGGUCUUUACGGCCACCGAACAGGCGCAUUUCAUCUCAUCACCAACGGUUCUAACCCCGCCGAGGUUGGACUGAUUGAGAAGAACCUGUGUCAUAUUAUUCGCGGCGAAUACUCCAUGGGCCCCAAAUUCGGCAGCACCAUCGUUAAGCGUGUCCUCGCCGACCCGACUUUGCGCGCGCAGUGGCACGAUGAUUUGGCCGUUAUGAGCUCGAGACUUAUCCAAAUGCGCCAAGCGCUGUACCAAGAGCUGCUUAGACUGAAAACGCCUGGAACGUGGGAGCAUAUCGUUAAUCAGAUCGGAAUGUUCUCAUACACUGGACUGACACCAGGUCAAAUUCUGGCAAUGAAGGAGGAGUUUCAUAUUUACUUGCUCAAGUCUGGAAGAAUUUCCAUCAGUGGAUUGAGCCCGACGAAUUUCGCAUAUGUGGCCCAGUCUAUUGACAACGUAGUCCGACGAGGGCUGUAA